CGGAAGUGCAGCGCCAGUACCAUAUAGCGGGACUGGGCAGCUGUGUCCUGGGGCCCUCGCGGCCCCUCCCGACUCGGAGCCGGCGAACCGUUCUCCUCCUUCUUUAGGGAGCAGUAGCCGAUGCUGCGAGCCCAGGCGGGGCCUCCGGAACGCGCUCCUUGGAGCCUCGGCGGCCGAACCGGGUCAUGAGCCUCUUGGGCGGCUUUGCCUCCUCUCCUCUGUCCCCGCUGCAAGCGAGCAAGCCCAGGAUGAAAAAGCCCCCAAAGAAGAGUCAGAACGAGAAGUACCGGCUGAAGUACCUCCGGCUGCGGAAGGCAGCCAAGGCCACGGUGUUUGAAAAUGCAGCUAUUUGUGACGAAAUUGCCCGCCUUGAGGAGAAGUUUAUCAAAGCAAAAGAAGAAAGAAGGUACCUCCUGAAAAAGCUACUUCAACUGCAAACUCUGACUGAAGGGGAGACCCAGACUAUAGCAACCACCCAUAGUUCUAACCUGCCUUUGAAUUAUGGUGUGGCCACCUCUGUGGGUCCCAUUCAAGGAGCUGGACCUAUUCCUGUAUCCAGCUCUGUGGUUGAAGAACCAUUUGGGAAGAAACCCAAGAAGGAGAAAAAAGAAAAAGGAAAAGAAAACAACAAAGUGGAGAUCAUCACUGAUCGGCCUGGCUUCCAUGAUGAGAGCGCUAUCUACCCUGUGGGUUUCUGCAGUACCCAAGUGUAUGCCAGCAUGAAGUGCCUGGACCAGAAGUGUUUAUACACCUGUCAAAUCAAGGAUGGUGGUAGGCAGCCCCAGUUUGAGAUUGUGCCUGAGGAUGACCCUGAGAAUGCCAUUGUGGGCUCUUCUGCAAAUGCCUGUCAUGCUGAACUACUUAAGAUCAUCAGUGCCACUCGGGGGAAGCUACUUCCUAAUGUGCUUCCAUCUGGAGCUGAUUUCUUUGGGUUUUCUCAUCCAACCAUUCACAACCUGAUCCAGAGUUGUCCAGGAGCUCGGAAAUGUGUCAAUUACCAGUGGGUGAAGUUUGAUGUGUGUAAACCCGGGGAUGGUCAGGUCCCCCAGGGGCUGCCAGACAAUGAUGCAGCUAUGAGCUUUGAGGCCUUUCAGAGACAGGCCUUUGAAGAAGAUCACAAUGAUCCUAUUCUACCAGGAUCUCUGGAUCUCCCAGGGCUCCAGCCUGCAUCAUUUGUGUCAUCCUAUCAGCCCAUGCUCCUGACACAUGAGUCCCUGCCAGACACUCACCUGCAGCACAUUAAGUCUCCAUCCCAGUGCAGCCCAGCCCAGUCCUCAGAUUGAACAAGGCAACAGAGAUGACACCAGGCUUGUCAUGGUGAAAUUUUUAACUUACGAUAAAACUCAGA